CAGAAACUCCUUGUCUUGCCUUAACCUCUUCCCAGUUCUCAGCAUUCGCGCUUUGUUUAUCUCUCACACUUCACACUUCACACUUCACACUUCACACUUCACACUUCACACUUCACAGCCAUGGCUAUGUUGUUGCCUACAAUCAUUGUUCCUUCUACCAAGCUCGUAACCUUCCCCAACAACACGCAAGACCGUGCACUUCCAACUUUUCGUCAUUUCACAGAUACUAGCAAGCGCUUCGAGAAAGUGUCGUCCUUUAUUGCUUUUGCGGUGAACGGUGACUCCACUCCCGCUAAAGCCACACCAAGGAGAGAUAGUAGAAACCCCUUAUUGAGUGAAGGGAGAGAUGAGGAUGAAGCUAGAGGACCCAUUUGCCCUGGUUGUGGAGUCUUCAUGCAAGAUAAGGAUCCUAACCUUUUGGGGUUUUACCAACCAAGGAAGGUCAAAGUGGAAGAGUUUGAAGAGGAUGAGGAUGAUGAUGAUGAUGAUGAUGAUUAUGAUGAUGUUGAUGAUAUAGAAGAAGAUGAUGAAGAAGUGAGGUUUUUGAAUGGAAGUGAGAAUAAGCUUGGAGAAGAGAGUGAGGGUUUAAUAGACGAGUUUGAUUGGGAUUCUGAUGAUUUGGAAGCUAAGUUACUGGGUGAAGAUGAUGAGAAUUUGGAUUUAGAUGGGUUUGCACCUGCAGGAGUUGGGUAUGGUAACAUUACUGAGGAGUACUUGGAGAAGGUAAAGAAGAAGAAGGUGACCAAAGCUCAGAAGAAGAGGAUGGCCAAGGAGGCUGACAAGGAGAAAGAGGAGGUUACCGUUUGUGCUAGGUGCCACUCCUUGAGAAACUAUGGCCAGGUGAAAAACCAGACGGCGGAGAAUUUAAUACCUGAUUUUGAUUUCGAUAGGUUGAUUUCAACGCGGUUGAUGAACCCUUCUGGGAGUGGCAGUUCCACUGUUGUUGUCAUGGUUGUGGAUUGUGUUGAUUUCGACGGCUCAUUCCCUAGAACUGCGGUUAAAUCGUUGUUUCAAGCGUUGGAAGGAAUACAGGAUAACUCAAAGCGGGCCAAGAAGAUGCCAAAGCUUGUUCUUGUGGCAACCAAGGUUGAUCUUCUUCCGUCGCAGGUUUCUCCAGCGAGGUUAGAUAGAUGGGUUCGAAACCGUGCAAGAUCCGGAGGAGCGCCUAAGCUGAAUGGGGUUUAUAUGGUCAGUGCAAGGAAGGAUUUAGGUGUAAGGAAUUUGUUGUCGUUCAUAAAGAAUUUGGCUGGUCCCCGUGGGAAUGUUUGGGUAAUCGGAGCUCAAAAUGCAGGGAAGUCUACCCUGAUCAAUGCAUUUGCAAAGAAACAAGGAGCUAAAGUUACGAAACUCACAGAAGCUCCAAUUCCAGGAACAACACUUGGGAUCUUGAGAAUUGCGGGAGUUUUGCCGGCUAAGACUAAGAUGUUUGACACUCCAGGGCUUUUGCACCCAUAUUUAAUGUCAAUGAGAUUGAACCGGGAUGAGCAAAAGAUUGUUGAGAUGCGGAAGGAACUUCGGCCUCGGUCAUAUAGAAUUAAGGUAGGACAGGCUAUACACAUUGGUGGCUUGACAAGACUUGACCUUGUUGAAGCCUCUGUUGAAACAAUAUAUGUCACAGUUUGGGCAUCACCAAAUGUUUCUCUUCACAUGGGGAAAAUAGAAAAUGCUGAUGAGGUUUGGAGAAAUCAUGUUGGUAUCAGGCUGCAGCCUCCCAUUGGCAACGACCGUGCUACAGAAUUAGGAACAUGGGAAGAAAGGGAAGUGAAAGUGUCUGGAUCUAGUUGGGAUGUCAACAGCGUAGACAUAACAAUAGCGGGUUUGGGUUGGUUCUCAUUGGGUUUGAAAGGUGAAGCAACCACGAAAUUGUGGAGCUUUGAUGGAAUUGAAGUAAGUUUGAGAGAACCUUUGGUGCUUGACCGGGCACCAUUCCUUGAGAAGCCAGGAUUUUGGUUACCGAAAGCCAUCUCUGAAGCUAUUGGCAACCAAACUAAACUUGAAGCUCAAAGAAGGAAACAACUUGAAGAUGAGGAUACCGAAUACGUGGGGGCAGGGGCAGAGCUAUCUGCAUGAAAGAAUUUUGCCUUUCAUUGAAGAUGUUAUGUAACAGAACUAACGUGUUGCAGAGGCAAUGACAUGUUUACAACUCAAGCUUUUACGCUCGUUUCUCUCUACUAGUUGGUGUGAUAAUCCCCCACCAACAAAUUCAGAUAAAUACAACUCCUCGCAGAAUAGGUGUCGUGUCUCAGUUGGUGAUUUUGUAAUUUUUUACUAUUGAGAUGAGUCGUAAGACCUGCUUCUUUGAUGUAUAUAAAAAGGUAUAAUAUAUGCAUUAUAGGAGGUAGUUUUUCAAAAUUUGCAUAUUGAUUACCUUUGCACCUUAAAAGAAAAGUGUCGGAAUUUGUAAUUUUUUAAUUGUGAUGAUUAUUCUUGGACACGACCUUGUCAUAUUUUAGCUGAAAUGAAAGUCUUGCAUCUCUUAA